AUGUCGACUGCGGCUCGAAACUGGGUACCAGAGAAGCUUGCGACGACCAUGGAGGAGCGCGUGCCUCAGAACUCGAAGGUGAAGAGGUGGGACGGCGCAGCAAGGACCUGCAGCGACUGGGAUAACUUGAGAAGGGAUCCUGAAUUAUGGUUCCGCGGGGGAAACUGCUUCGUUCAUUUGUACGGCAAGGGCCAGUCACGCAGAGGACCUUCAUUCAAGGUCCCAUUCAGUGCUUUGCUCUCUGCGAAAUGCCACCCUUUCGUCAAAAGGUUCAUGUCUCUCGACACACCCGAGUCGCCCGGGGCAUUCAACGACGAGUAUGACGACUUGGACCGGUGGAAUGAGCUCCACCCCAAUGAGAGAGUCGAACUCUACAUUCCAGCCCCGUCAAUGGCGGACAAGGACCAAGCCUUUUCGUACCACCUAGCGACCCGAAACUUCUUUGCCUGGAUCUUCCGCCGCUCAAUGGUUGGCGAAUUCCUCGGCAUCGCUCUCAUUGGCUUGCUGAACAGCAUGGCGGAGUUCCGGGGCAACGACGAAGACAACGUGCCAGAACUCAUGUCGUAUCUGGAUGAGGAGGGCUAUUUGGACAUCAAAGGCCAACCGCACCAUGCAUUGGCGCUCUUGCGCUUGUCCGAGUUCUUCGAGAUGAGGGACAUGUACAUUGAUGCAUUCAGCCACUGCGUUGGAAUGGGCGAGGAACUGCUUUACAGCCCCGAAUACCUGUACAUUGGCUCAGUCACCAAGACCCUCAUUCGACGGGCCCGAACUGACAUGAACGCACGGCUGAGCAAAGCUGGCGACAUGUUGAAAACGUUCCUGGAGGACGAGCUGUCUGAAACCCAUCUUGGCCUCUCGGCCGGUGGGCGUGCCCAUUUGGACCGGUUCCGGGCCUUCGUCCGAUCAUUCUACACAACGAAGUUGGGCCACUACCCACCAGUCUCUUUCCACCCAGAGAGCAGCACCAUCUAUGACCCCAAGGUCCUCGGUGUCCUGCGCAAAGACUUCCAGGCCGUAUACGAGCUGCUUGUCGACGAGAGCUUCACCUCCGCGGCGAGCAGCCCUAUCCUUGCUCAGGGUGGAAUCUGCACUUUCCAAAGCGUAAACGACUUUGACCGGCGUUGCAAGUUCGAGUCUUUGCGACAUCCAUUACCGCUGCUUCCUGAGCUGACUGGAGAUAAGUCUGGCCGCAGGGCGUCGCUCCAAUGGUUGGCAAACUCCUCGCGGGCUGACAAGCUCAAGCCCGAUCAGCGCUUGGUCGCCCACAGCGCCCUGAUCAAGGCGAUGAACAUACGCGACCAAGAACUGCUCGAGAACGACUUUGUUCGUGCCUACCGCAAGUUUGAAGAGGACUCUGUCUCGCCUCUCAGCCGUGUUGCCAAUGUCGAGAAGAUCAGUCUCGUGGACGCCCGCAAGGUGCGCUGGAUCCUGAUCUACGCGGUAUACCAGGCUCUCCGAAGCUGCACACAGGCUCCGCCAGAAGUUCGCGACACCGAGAAGGCGGACUACCAUCUUGCGGUUUCGACCCGGAAGCUGCCGCCUUGGAAGGAGGGCCGCGUCUUGCAGUCACUCCUGCAAAAGGAGACCGACUUGGCCACUUCGGACUUUAGGCGGACCCAGUCUGUUUCAGACUGGGCAUCGAAGUGCAACGCAGCACCGUCCCUCGUGUCGCCUUCCAUCGAGAUCCGACCUGAUAUCGACUACACUGCCAAAUUGCGCCAAGAGGAGAGGGCAUCCCGUCGUCAGUCGGUAUGCGUCGUUCCAUCUGGGGCUGCCCGGCCGCGGUCCCGAAGCCGGAGUGGGUCUCGAAGCAACCCUUUCCGACGAUCCCUCAGCAUCUUCCGCAAACUGGAAGAGCAGAGUGCUCCGGGUCUCAGGAAGGCAUCUUACUGUGAAAUCGUGGUCCACGGCUACGGUAACGGCACCAACGCAGUCAAGAAGGGAGCCAGACCCCCUCCUCAAGAGCUGGUUUCCCCGAGAACCAUCACAGCGCCCCGUUCCUUCUCGACCUCAUCCGAAUCGAGCGGCGUUUCCGAAGCCCCGUCCUUGGGUGCUUUCAGCUUUGCAACCGCAGAUUCCACGGCUCCGCCAACGUCCCCCGACGCGCCGUGCAAGAACUGGCCCAACCAAGGCACGCCUAUGUUGAGCCCUGUACCUCUGCGUGGCCGCCGACGCGUCAAGGCCGUGCUCUCGUUUGCCGAAUCAGCUCGUGCCAGCCCCACGGAAGCAUCCGGUAGACGCCAUAGCGUCGUGAGCAGUGGGAACUACGCCCAAGAGUAUGUCGAGCUGAUUGAGCAGCAGGAGAGCGACUUCCACCGCCACGAGCUGGAGCCUCUCCCGUUGCAGAUUCGCAAGCCGUCGGUUACCACGUACCCCGAGUCGCCAGUCUUGGGACAUUUCGACGACGUGAAGCCUGAAUGGGAGCAGUACAAAGAUCUGGGAGGGCUGACCUCCCUAACGCCCUUGAAGAUUUAG